UUGUUUCGUUUCACAGUUACUCCGAAAUUGUAGUGAGAUAAAAUCACCGCAAAGAGUAUUUUCGUUUCUCUCUCUUUCCCUCGUAAUUUUAUUUUUGAGAUAACUCACUGAACAUAAGUCUUUGGAAAUUGCAACCUGGUUGCUGUUACUGCUGCUGCUGGCUGGCUGGCUUCCUCGUAAUAUCAAAUUCUUGUUUUCUCUUUCUCUUUCUCUCUCCCCAUUUUCUCUCUCUACAGUCUACACCCUACACCCAACCCACCUUCAGUUUCUGUUUUCUGCCGACUAGUUUGAUCAGGUUCCGUCUCUUUUCGCCUACCCAGAUCUGGUUUUGCUUCAAUUUAUUCACUUUUUCAUUUCCCGGAUCUAAUUCAUCUCUUUAACUUCCUUAUUCCAUCUCAAUUCUUAGUAUUGCAUGUCAAGCUUCUUCUGGCUCUGAAUUGUUUUCUUCGUUUUCAUGCUUUGUUUCUCGUAUAAUUUGUUCCCUGCUUCUUCUUUUCGAUCAAUCUUCAUAAAGAUUUUAUCUUUUAUCGUUUCUUGCAAUUAUUCAUUAGCUUGGGAUUCACGUUUUGUUAUGGUGCCCCUCUUAAGUCUUAAUUCUUCAAUGUACAAUUUCGGAUUGUCUGAACUUUGAUUGCUAUGAGAAACGAUGGGGUGAAUUUCAUGAGAUAUGUGUCACCGUAUAACAUUGGUAUCUGGCAGUUCAUUUGCAUUUUUUGAGAGUUUGAAUUGAUCUCAGAAAGUUCAUGCAAGACUUAUUUUCAGAUUGUGAUGUUGGUUCUUUCUCCGUGAUAGAAUUUUGCAUUUAACUCUAGUUCAGUUUUAAUGUUGCUCCCAAGAAGUGAAGACAUAAAUUUGUUCAAUAUACACAUUUAAUGCUCAUUUGUCCAAUUGUUUCAUCAUACAAUGUGAAGAUAUUGAUAUUGUUUCUUCUUUGAUGAAUAGUCUACGGUUCCGGCACGCUAGUACUGAAAACUAGCUACAAUGAAGAAGGCCAUUGGUCAAACUGUUAGGGAACUUAAAAGAGAAGUAAAUAAGAAAGUAUUGAAAGUUCCUGGAAUAGAACAGAAGGUUCUUGAUGCUACCAACAAUGAAGCGUGGGGUCCUCAUGGAUCACUUCUUGCGGAUAUUGCACAGGCAUCCAGAAAUUUUCAUGAAUACCAAAUGAUCAUGGCAGUAAUCUGGAAGCGGAUUAAUGACACAGGCAAGAAUUGGCGGCAUGUCUACAAGGCUUUGACGGUAUUAGAAUACUUGGUGGCUAAUGGGUCAGAGCGUGUCAUAGAGGAAAUUAGAGAGCACGCCCACCAAAUAUCGACAUUGUCCAAUUUUCAAUAUAUUGAUUCCAGUGGAAGAGACCAGGGAAACAACGUCAGGAGGAAAUCACAGAGUCUCGUUCUCCUUGUGAAUGAUAAAGAAAGAAUCACGGAGGUUAGACAGAAGGCUUCUACUAACAGAGACAAGUUUCGCAGCAAUUCAACUGGUGGAAUGUACAGGCCUGGUUCAUUUUCAAGCAGUGGAUCUUAUGGUGAUAGAUAUGAAGAUGAUCGUUAUGGAAGCAUGGAGGAAGAUAGAAGUGGUUAUGGCUAUGGCAGAGAAAAAGAAUGGGGCUAUAGAGACGAUGAUCGUUAUGGCAGAGAUGGUUACAGGGACGAUGAGUACCGUAGAAGAAGUGUUGACGAUGACCAAUAUGGCUCAAGAAGCAGGAGAUCUUUUAGAGAUCGUGAUCAUAAUUUUGAUGAUGAUGGUCAGCAUUCAUCUCGAGGUAGCAGUGCUAAAGCUGAAGACCAUUCACUGGAAGGAAGGUUAGAGCGGAAACUUUCUGAGCAAAAUGUGAGUGCUCCUCCCAGUUAUGAAGAAACUGUUUCUCAAAGCCCUUUACACUAUGAAAGGGAUGGGGGAAUUUCAGCUGCUUCUGCCCCAAAAGGCUCUUCUCCUGUAAGUGAUAACCCACGCCAAACCUCUGCUCCUACAGGAUCUUCUCUUUUAAGCGAUAAUCCAACAGAAGCAACUGCUGCUGCCAGUACUGCUACAUCUGGAAACCGUGAAGUUAAGGCUUUUGAUGAAUUUGAUCCUCGUGGUCCUCCUGUAUCAGCUGCCCCAGCUCCUGCUAAUAAUGUUGAAAUGGACUUGUUUGGCUCCCUAUCAGAGUCAUUCUCUUCAAAUGCAUUGGCUCUUGUGCCUUCUACAUCAAAAAUCACCACCUCUCAAGGAAAUGCAAACCUUGAUUCAACAGCAUCAUUUGCACUGCCACCAUCUGCAUCCAGUAAUUUCAACCUGGUGUUUGAAGACCCAUUUGGUGAUUCACCAUUUAAGGCCAGUCCUUCCACUGAAACUGCUCGAUCUCAUCCCCGGACUCCUCAGGGUCUUGCACCAUCCCAGUCAAGUGGUCCUAAUACAGAAUUGGUCUCCAACUUUGGGUUUGGCGUCUCAUUUUCUGCUCCUGGUGCCAGUUACACUCAGCAUUUGUCUUUGAACUCUCAGUUUUUGUCCAUGCCACCACCAUCACAGGAAACAGAUAUUCUUGCAGAAAUUCUUCCCCAUGCACCAUUACCUGGGACAACCUCAGAGCAGAACUUUCCAGCUCCUCCUGAUGCUCAAUCCUCAUCCUCCUUUUCAGCUUCAUCAGGGCAAAUGGCACCACAGUCUUUUUUUCCACAGUCUGGCCAACACAUGCAGCAAGAUUUCUCAGCCGUAACCAGUCAACCUGCAGCACAAGCCGUUUCAGCUCCUGGUGGCCAACCGCUACAACCCCCAUCAUCAGUUCCCACUAGUCAACAUGCACAGCAACCCUUUCCAUCUCAGGCUGAUCAACCUGCACAGUCAGGUAGUCAUAUAUAUGGUGGAUUCCCUUCCCUGGCUGCUGGUUCUCCGACUCAAGAAGCUUCUUCAGGCAUGUUCCCUCAAUCUCACGGUGGACAUAUGAACCAAGGAUCUAUGGCACUUGUUCCUUCACACACAGCUCCCCAAGCUUCAACAGGACUGAGUGCAAACUAUUUGUCUUCUCAAUCCCCCAUUGCCAUUGAUCAAGCAUCACAGUUUAACAGUGGGAGCUUGUUGGGACAGUCAUUUAACCAUCAACCACUUGGUCAAGGAGUACAUGCUUCACAGAGUGCUGUUUCUCAACCGCCCAAGGACAAGUUUGAGACAAAAUCGACAGUUUGGGCAGAUACACUAAGCAGGGGGUUGGUUAAUUUGAAUAUAUCAGGACCUAAAUUAAACCCUUUAGCAUAUAUUGGAGUUGACUUUGAUGCCAUUAAUAGGAGGGAAAAGAGGAUGGAGAAGCCCACCACGACAACGGUAACGUCAACUGUAACCAUGGGUAAAGCUAUGGGAUCUGGUUCCGGUAUGGGCCGGGCUGGCGUGGGUGCUCUCAGACCUCCAUCAAACCCGAUGAUGGGUAUGGGCAUGGGAAGCUAUGGAGGCGUGAACGCACCUAUGGGUAUGGGGCAGAUGCCACCACCACCUAGUCGAUUUCCUCCUGGAAAUUAUAACUCCAUGAUGGGAAGAAGUGGUUAUCCUCAACAUCCUUAUGGGGGCUACCGAUGAGAUUGACCAUUAUACCUAAUACCUAGAUAGCAAUGUCAAACUGUAUACGAUUGAUCACUAUACGUAGAUAGCAAUGUUAAAGUGUAUGAGAUGGAGCACUAUACCUAGAUAAGAUCAUAGCAAGUGUUUUGUUAAGAGUUUCGAGAAACGGCACCCCAAUACCUCUGGUCUACAUCUUGCACAAUACAUGUAAUUCUCUGUAAAGUAUGUGUGCUUAUUCUUGUUUUUUGUACUAUGCUUUCCAUUCAUUUUUAUAGGUGUUUUGUUGUGCACCAGGGACCCCAUCAAAUAACCUUACUUGGGUUAUUGGUGUUUAUUUUUUAAUUAAUACCCCCAACGCCAACCAGAGUUGUAUUCAUUUCCGUUGUGCUUUUUUUACAUCAAUGUUUACAUGAGAUAAUAAUGCUGG